AUGGAAGCAUCAGUACUUAAAGUACUUGAAUCGGAAAGAGUUCAGUUAAAAGUCAGAAGCUUGUCAGUAACAGUUAACAACAUCAAAGAUAAAGAUCUUGAAAACAAUGAAAACCCCAAAAUCUUAGAUGACGUUUCGUUCGAUUUAGAUAGUGGGUCCAUGCUAGCCAUUAACUCAUAUCUUCUUCAAGAUGAUAUCUUCUUACCUGGGUUAAGAGUUUGGGAAACAUUGAAAUAUCAAGCAGAAUUAAGACUUCUUCCCCAACGCACCAAAGAAGAAAGACAGCAACUCAUUUCCUCCUUGUUGGAUACAUUAGAAAUCCUGAAUUUGAAAGAUACAAGAGUGAUUGGAUAUACAGCUAAAAUUAGUUUAUCAGGAGGUGAACAAAGAAGGGUUUCAAUUGCUUCCCAAUUAUUAAGCAGGCCAAAAAUCUUAUUCCUUGAUGAAUCUACUUCUGGGUUGGAUUCUUCUACUACAUUAUCAAUAGUUAGUUUUUGCUUGACUGUAAUGUUGUUAAAUGAUGGUGAUUUGUCAGAUAUUUAUGAGUAUUUUUCCACACUUCGAUAUGAUAUUCCAAUUGGUUGCAAUACUGCUAAUUUCCUCCUUGAUCAACUUUCCUCCUCCUUAGAAGAUGUUAAUAGGGAAGAAAAGGAAGCCAAUGUACAACGAUUGAUUAAUUCUUGGAGUCUUACACCAGUUGACUUUGUUGCCCCCAUUGGUAAUAGGAAAAUAGAUUUGCCAAUGUUUCAUUUUGCAACAGUUCCAUUUUGGUCAAGUUUAAUUACAAUUAUUCAAAGACAAACUCUUAGUACUUUCAGAUCGAAAGAUUUGGCAGUUUUUAGAGUAUUACUGAUAUUCUUGCUUGCAAUUAUACAAACCUUAUUCUUUGCUCCUUUAGGGAAUACUCAAGAGGGUAUAACUAAUAGACUUGGUUUAAUUCAGAAUGUGGUUUCCAUGAUACUUAUUGGAAUGAUUAAUAAUAUUUCGUUAUAUCCAACCGAAAGAAAUAUCUUCAAUAAUGAAUAUGAAGAUGGUAUUAGUGGUGCUUUUGUAUUCACAUCAGCAUAUUUAUUGAAUGAACUACCUCUUGAAAUUAUUCCGUGUUUAGUAUUUAGUGCCUUUGUUGUAUUUAUUGUUGGAUUACCUAGAAAUGCUGGUAUGUUUUUCACGAUGUUCUUUGGUUCAUGUGUUUCAGUUAAUAUUGGUGAAUCAUUGGGUAUUAUGAUUAAUAGUAUGUUUGAUAGGGUUGGUAUAGCUACUGAUGUUUUAUCCACCGCUAUGACGCUUGCAGCAUUUAUGGGAGGUACUAUGUCACUUCAAUUACCAGGCUUUUUUAAAGCUAUUAAUUGGAUCAAUCCAAUAAAAUACGUGGCAAAUAUUACUAUCAAAAUGGGAUUUAAAGUUCAAGUAUUUUCAUGUCCAGUAGAAGAGUGUUCAUUAACUACUGGUGAAAGUGUUCUUGAAUAUUAUAAUCUUGAUACAAAUUUAGCUAUUUCUUUUGGUGCUUUAGUUGCUUGUUUAAUAAUCUAUAGAAUUAUUGCUGCUCUUUCCGUUUACGUUAAAGUUUGGUACUUUUUAUAA